AUGCUGAAGAAAGAAGAUAUUCCCACGGAAGAGACUACUUCCAUCACAAAAGGAAAAAUCUACCGGUACUUGCAUGCCGUAGAUGCAUUGGGCGUGGAAGAAAGAGGAAUCGAGCGUGUGACUCCAGAAGAACGACUUGGAGGCCCAGUGUGGAAAAGAUACGUUGAUGUUUUGGGCCUUUGGUUUGCUGGAUGUGGCGGUGUCACCACCAUGUCGCCAUUUUUCUACCCCACCCUUCUGUACGGCUUGAGCAUGAAGCAAUCUCUCAUUGCCGGACUCAUUGGAAUAAACCUUGGGUGUCUUGUGCCAGCAUACUGUGCCACUAUGGGACCCAAAUCGGGAUGCCGGCAGAUGGUCACGGCCCGGUUUAUUUUCGGCCAGUGGGGUGUCAAGUUUAUUGCGUUGAUUGGUAUAUUGGGCGGAAUCGGAUGGUCGGUGGUCAAUUGUGUGGUUGGUGGCCAGAUGCUUUCUGCUAUUUCCGGCACACCGCUAUCCACCGGAAUCAUCGUUGUGGUGGUGGUGAGUUGGGUCAUUGCCGUGUUCGGAAUCCGGGUUUUGCUCCGGUUCCAGACGGCCGUGGCCAUUCCAACAAACUUGGCCAUUCUUUUGUUCUACAUUGUGGUGGGAAAGAAAACUGGCUACAUCAGCCAGUCCAACGCCAUGGCCCGUGAACUAGGCUACUCGUCUCUUACACGCACCGGAAAUUGGCUUUCCUACUUCACCAUAGCCUACUCCACCACUGCUACAUGGGGAGGUUCGGCCUCAGACUACUACAUUUUGUUUCCAGACAAUACGUCCGACCUUAAGGUUUUCUUGGUGACGUUUUUUGGUAUUGCUGUGCCGUCGAAUUUCGCUGCUAUCGUUGCCACUUUGGCCGGCUCGAUUGCCUACUCCAACACCAAAUGGGCGGACGCAUACUCCAAAUACUCCAUUGGAGGAAUCAUGGCCGAGGCAUUUUCUGUUUGGGGCAAUUUCGGCAAGUUUGUUGUGGUGGUGUUGUACAUUUCUCUCGCAUGUAAUACCAUCAUCAACACUUAUUCCGGAGCAUUUCUGUUCCAGCUUAUCGAUGUGUACUUGGCUCGUGUGCCUCGGUGGAUUUGGGCAACUCUGAUUUCUGCUAUUUAUUUGGCCUGUUCUCUUGCUGGCCGGGAACAUCUUUCCGAUAUCAUUGGCUAUGUUUUGCCCAUGCUUGGCUACUGGAUCUCCAUGUACAUCGCCUUGCUUUUGGAGGAGAACUUCUUGUUCCGGCGCAAAAACGCCCGUGAGAUCCACUAUCGGGAGUUUGAAGGAGACGAAAAGAGCUCAUUCUACAGUUGGGAAAAAUGGGACAAGCCCAAAUACCGUACUGCUGGUUUUGCCUGUGCCUUGUCCUUCGGCUGUGGUGUGGUGGGUGCUGUGAUGGGAAUGAACCAGAAAUACUACAUUGGGCCGAUUUCCAAAAAAAUCGGCGAGUUCGGAGGUGACAUUGGAAUGUGGCUUUGCAUGGGAUUCACGGCCGUCACAUAUCCAGGCUUGAGAUGGCUCGAGUUGAAGAAAAUGGGCCGCUAA